AAUUUCGGGUCUGCCAACUUUCAUGCUUUCUGCAAUUCUUGCUCUCCCAUCGAGACGGAGUGAGUGAGGCGGUUAGAGAGAGAGAGAGAGCGCGCGAGGGCCUAGAUAGUAAAACGCAUUCUUGUUCUCAUUCAUAUGCAUAUGUAUUUUAAGUGAAUAUUUUUGUCACCUACUUUGCUGAAAAGUUUUGGUUCCCCUUUCUUUUUUCGACACCACUACAAAGAGCCAUGUGAGGAGCCCUCGGUUGAUGUGACCUUUCCAAACAAUGCUCUCCAUUUUCUUUCCCUCGCCAAAACCACCGGCUGAAGAUAACUGAGACACCUGCUGCUCGCUCAUGCCCUGUUCAUCGAGAAAAUGGCAUUUUGGUGCUGAUGGUUUCUUCCAUGCCCACCCAAAAUUAUGAGAAGACAAAGUCCUGAAAGAGAUCAUUGGGAGAGAGCUGCUCGUGGUGUUUUAGAUUGAGUUCGGGGCCACCAAUUUUUCUGUUUGUAGUCAGUGUAGCUUCUUUUUUUCCCGUUUUUUGCAGAUUUUGGCUUCACGGCUCAAGAAUUAGAUUUUUCUGCUGCAUAAGCAAGGUUCUGAUAUGGGUAUGAGUUCCAAGAGAGAAGGUUGAGAUUCUUUUGCUUCGGAAGCUAAGUUGGUGUUCUCGUAAAUAAAGAGGAAGGAAAUGAGAUCUUUGAGUAGUCUAGGUAUCGGUUUGAGUCUUGUAUUUGGUUGCCUCCUCUUGGCUUUGCUUGCUGAGCUUUACUAUGUUCUGUGGUGGAAGAAGAGGCUGAACAGAGAGAUUGAAGAUGAGUACAGCAGCUCAAUAAGGGAGCUCUUUUAUCUUUUCUGUUGGAAGAAACCUGUUUCCUUGAGUUCAACAGCCCUGAACCCACAAGAGGUUUGUGGCUCAGCCAGAAACUCUGGUGCCCAAAACCAGCAUGAGCAGGAUCAGCAGGCCGGUUCAAGCAAGGAUUUUCUUCUCAAGCCUCUUGGGGAAGAGGGGCUUGAAUCUGAGAUCAUGAGGCUGCAUCAUCUAUCUGGGCCCCCGAGAUUUCUCUUCACCAUUAAGGAGGAGACAAUGGAGGACAUGGAAUCUGAAGAUGGGAAGUCCAGGUGUGGGAGGAGUAGAAAAGGGUCUAGGACCAGGAGCUUGAGUGACCUUCUGCUUGCUGUUGAAACGCCCUAUGGCACCCCACUUUCCUCUCCUCCUUUCUUCACCCCCCCUCUCACUCCCAUGGAUUACCAGCAGACGAGUUUUUCUUUCUCAAAUGGGUUCAAUCCACUCUUUGAGGUAGAAGCGGAGCCUCACAUAGUGAAAUCAUCUCCACCCCCGAAAUUCAAGUUCCUGAGGGAUGCAGAGGAGAAACUCAGCAGAAGAUUGAUGGAAGCUCAGAGGAUUCAGAAGAAAUACGGGGUUGUUUCACAAGAGAAGGUGAACAAUCCCAAUGGUUUUUGUGGUCCAUCUGUUAAAGUCGGUGCAAAUGAGGAAGAAGGGUCCUUCAUCACGAUAAUCAUCAACAAAAACUCAGAGAACCAACACGUUCCUCAAGCCCCAUCUAGUUCUGCGCAGGUACUACCAUUACAAUCCUCCCCACCAGCAAACACAAAAUCCAGUUUGCAGAAUACACAAAUGUCUUCACAUCCAAAGAAUGAGAAUUAGUGUCCUUAUGUUCAGCGAUAUCUCAAUGAAAUUUACUAUCUUUGGCAUGUGGGUUUCCUCUGCUUCUCCUCUUUUUUGGUUGGAGAAACUCCCGUCUUCAGGUUUUAUCUAUAUGCCAAAGCGGAAGAAAUUUCCGAUUAGCCCGUUCACGAGCCAUCAUCAUUCGCAGCAACUUGUUUCUGGGUUUCUGGUCCACCGUUAAACUGGGACUAUUGACAUGUUGUUUUUUCCUUUAUCCUUCUUUCUCAUAUUAUCUGUAUACCUGCCAUCAUUCCCGUGGCUGGAAGCUGCCCUCUUGUCAGGAAAAGACAAAUGUAAUUCAAUUUUUAAAUCCAUGGAAUCCCCUUGUUUCCAUGUUUUUUCA